AUGUAAAAAUGGAAGAAUGCAGGGUGGUUCCCGCAACAUCAACACCAUUAUGCUUUGUUCGUUCUUAUUAUGUGUAUAUACUGGGUUAAGUUGUGGGAAUUACACCCGAAAAUGAGAAGUAUGAAAAAUGCUUUGCUGAGAGCGUUGCUUGUGAGAGCAAAAGUGUCACAACCACCUGGUACGGAAACGCCCUCAUCCGAAAAGCACACAGGAAGUAUUGCAUAGACGCGUCUCAAACAACACCACUAGCACUGUGGAAAGAGAAGAGUGAUGAGAAAGAUGCAUGGGCAGUGCUACAUCUUUCUGCUCACCUACGCGGUGACUGUUGCCAUCCCUGACUCACUGGCUUUCACCAUUGAUAUGACAAAUCCUGAUAUCUAUAAUGGUGAACAAAAAGAUUUUUUUGGAUAUAAAGUGCUUCCGUUCAUAUCGGGCACAAACAAAGGGAUAAUUGUUACUGCACCUCUGCAGUCAAAUGGAUCUGGGGCAAUAUGCACACGUGGCCUAGACAAAGAGCAUAAGUGCUUCAAACCUGGAGGAAUUUCUCUCAGAAACACAACAAUAGCAGUCAAACAUCUUGGACUCUCAAUAGCUCGGGACUCCAAACGUUCCCAAAUCACUGUUUGCAGUCCAAAUGUAGCCCAUAAAUGCAACGAGAAUUCCUAUCUGAACAGUGUGUGUUACAACAUGACAGAUAACCUUGAUGAAACCUCUGUUUUGACACCUGCUUUCCAAGAAUGCACAAAAAAGACGGUGGACCUUGUCUUCCUUUUUGAUGGAUCAGGGAGUAUGACCGAAGCAGAGUUCAAUAAAAAUAAAUAUUUCAUAAAGGAUAUAAUGAAGAACCUUACAAGCACAUCAAUCAAGUUUGCUGCAGUUCAGUUCUCCAUUGAUUGCAGGAAAGUUUUUGACUUCAAGGACUAUCAAGCUGGUACUGCUCUUGAAAAACUAAAGAAUGAACGUCAUAUGAAAAGUCUUACCAACACACACAGAGCACUCAAAUUUGUGUUAGAAGAAAUCUUGGAAAACCCAGCUGCGGGUGCCUCUCCUGAUGCAACUAAAGUCCUGGUACUAAUAACAGAUGGAGAUCCUAGUGAUUCUGACAAUGAUCACAUUAUUGACAAAUACGAUGACAAAAGCAUAGUUCGCUUUGUCAUUGGGGUCAAAGACGCAAAUCUGGAUAAGUUUAGAGCCAUUGCUUCGAGACCAAAGGACAAAAAUGCCUUCAAAAUUGAGAACUAUGAUGGACUCGCAGGAGUACUGCAAAGCUUUCAAAACAAGAUCUUUAAAAUGGAAGGCUCAAAAGUGGCUCGAGCAGGAGACAUGACCAAUGAAAUGUCUCAGAGUGGAUUCAGUGCUGUCUUCUCCAAGGAUACCUUGAUUUUGGGUUCAGUGGGGUCAAACAGCUGGCGUGGCUCUCUCCAAGAGCUUCGUGAAGGAAAACUAACACAAAUUGAAGAUCCACAAAUGCAGAUGGACUCCUACAUGGGAUAUUCUACUGCUGUUGGAGAGAAGCAUAACACUACACUAUACUUCGUGGGUGCACCAAGAUUUGAACAUGAAGGACAGGUUGUACUUUUCAAACGUGAUGGCAAGAACUGGACAGCAGGCCAAAGAGUUCAUGGCCCCGGGAUUGGUUCCUACUUUGGUGCAGAGCUUUGCUCAGUAGAUGUCAACUCAGAUGGUAGCACAGAUUUCCUGCUGGUGGGAGCUCCACAGUUUUACCAGCCUCAGGAGAACAGAGAAGGCCAGAUAUACGUCUACACACUGACUAAUGAGAUGCAAUUGAAAAGUGAACUGAAUGUGCCUGCAACAUCCAUGGGGAGAUUUGGUACCAGCAUAUCCAGUCUUGCAGAUCUGAAUGGAGAUGGCCUUCGAGACGUUGCUGUCGGAGCCCCCCUUGAGGAUGAUAACAGGGGGGUUGUCUACAUCUUCCUUGGUGACAGACACACAGGGAUACGCAGCACUUUCAGUCAGAGAAUCAUGGGACAGAAAAUAACAUCUGGGUUGAGAUUCUUUGGACAGGCCAUUGAUGGGAACAUUGAUCUCGGAGAGGACGGACUCCCGGAUCUUGUGGUCGGAUCACAGGGCAAAGUUGUUGUCUUGAGGUCCAGGCCUGUGUUUACUGUCACUGCUCAUCUGUCUUUUCAACCGAAGGAGAUAAGCACUGAUCCAAUUGACUGCCUGGGCAACACAGAUACAAAUUUACCAAUGGUUAACUUAACAACCUGCUUUGAAAUGGUAGAAACAACAAAGAGCAAAGCAGAUGCACUGCUAUCGAGACUGAACAUUUCGUACAUGCUCAAUGUGGAUCCGAUGAGACAAACAUAUCGAGGUUUCUUCAGUCAAACAGACAGGAAAGCUAGGACUUUUAUCCAUACCUGUGAACUAAAGAAUGGGAACACCUGCUUCAAGUACUCAGUCUACAUGCCAAAGUGUGUGAAAGACACAUUAACACCCGUCAGCAUCAAACUAAACUUUUUCCAAGCGGACAAUGAGAGCACAGGUGCCAUCCUGAAUGUGGACAGCAAACAGCAGGCUGUCACUGAGAUUCCCUUUGAAAGGCAGUGUAGAGAAAAUGACACCUGUGUUGCUGACCUAAAGGUGGAUUUCAACUUCAUGUCUGCAACAUUAUUGGUGGCAGAAGAUAACUACUUCAACCUGACUGUAAAACUGUCCAAUGAUGGUGACGACUCGUACAACACCAGCCUCUUAAUGCAAUAUCCUCCAGGCCUUUCCUUCUCUAGAAUGAUUCUUGCAGAGGCAACAAGACCAACGCUCCAUAAGUGUUAUGAUCAAGAAGACUUGGACAAGACUGUAUGUGGUGUCAACCUUCCUUUGUAUCGCAGCAAAUCAUCUGCAACAUUUAAAACGUCCUUUCACAUCAUCACUGACUCAAAGUGGAAUGAUUCAGUUUCAGUAACCAUUGCAGGAAAAAGUGAUAACGCAAACUCCAGUGCGACUAAUUCCCUGACCAAGACCAUCCCAGUACAAUUUGAAAUUAAAAUGGCCGUAACAGUGAGAGACGACACAAUCACCUACCUGAACUUCUCAACAGAGGAUACUGCACCUAAACAAAUGGUUAAUAUAUAUCAGAUAGAUAAUCUUGGAUGGAAGCCUUUUCCUGUCAAUGUGUCCCUGCUCUUCCCAACUAAUUUGGAACAUAGCUUUGAAAUGAACAACUAUCAAGUCUUUGUCAAGGAGAACAAAACUCAGUGCUCACGCAUUUCUGACAUGACAACUGAGUAUUGCUCACCAGAAAAACACUGCAAAAUCAUAAUGUGUGACAGCUUCAUCCUGGACAAAGAAUCAACCGUUGAGUUCAAACUGUCAGGAGACGUACAAUUCAGGGAUCUCAAACAGCUCCAAGAAAAUGUUACCUUUCUUAAACGAUAUACUGGAGAUGAUGUACAGAUUAAAUUUAAAAGCUUCUUGGAUGUUAGUUAUGACAACAAGCGAUAUGUGCUGGAUUCUCAUAAACAGGAGAGCAAAGAGAAGUCUUCUGAAAGUGGCUUGCAGAAAGGCCAUGAUUCAGUAAUGAAAGGGGCUGAAGUUCAAGUUGAGUUUAUAAUACCUCCCAAUCACCUGCUGAUCAUUUUAACUGGGUCUGGACUGGGAUUAUUGCUUCUGAUUAUAAUAGUAAUCAUCAUGGUAAAGUUGGGUUGCUUUAAGAGAAGAAAGAUGUAUGAUCAAGACAGCCUUAGCGAGUCAAACCCUGCCCCUACCGACGACAUAGUACCAAUAUCAGGAACGACAAAACUCAAGGAAUCUCAAGAACAUGAGGAAGAAGCUGCUUUUCUGCUUGAUGUCCCUAGCAAGUCAAAUCCUGACCCUACCAGCGACAGGGACAGGGACAACAAAAUUCAAGGAAUUUGAAGAACAGGGAGAAGACUGAGUUGACCCCUGCCCCCACCAACGGUAGAGCCAGCCAAUCAGAGACUGACCAAUCUCCAUUUGAUAUUUUGAUGUAUGAAGGUGAGGUAAAUAACACCACUCUUCUGGUUUUCUUCCGGUUUCUUUCCUUCUUUCACUCUGCAUGCUAAGCUAAGCUAGUUGUCUCCUAGCUCCAGAUUCAUAUUGGUCAAUGACCAUUAGAUGUUGGACAACUGGCAAAAGAUGCCAUUCACAUAAGAUGCCAGGGUCUUCCAACAGAGGAGGGGAUACAAUCAUUUAUCCAUAUACAACAACCUGUUACCUUCUUGACAUACAUGCCUUACCGACAUUAGGUCGCACGAGGACACUUUCACGCAUACAAUUCAAUUCAAUUUCAAUUUAGUUUAUUUAUAUAGCGCCAAUUCACAACAAAAGUUAUCUCAUGACACUUUCCAAUUAGAGCAGGUCUAGACCAAACUCUUUAAUUAAACUAUAAAUAGAGAG